CUUCCGGGGCACCUCUGUAAACUUGUGUAAACAAACCCAUGAAUACACGGUUUUAGUGCGCUAACACUCUCAUGUUUACAGCAACAACCGUCUUUAUGUCCCGCUUUUAACCCGGAGCAUCUGGGCUUUGCCAUAGCGGUCAUGUUAUUUCUACCUUUUGCGGCUCGGAGCUGCAGAGCUCUGAGCUUUCUCCGAUGUCUCCCAGGCGGCUACAGCAUCACCUCCAGAAGCAUCGCUGCUUACAUUCAGGGUCAGAGCCCCGAGCCCCGCAUCAGGGAGUAUUUCUACUACAUCGACCAUCAGGGACAGCUUUUUCUCGAUGACACCAAAGUGAAGAACUUUGUCACCUGCUUUAAAGAUAAAAAGUUCCUGGUUUUCUUCUUCAGUCGCCUGCAGAUGAAUCGGAGUGGGCGUUAUAGGGAGGAUUUUCCCUUCCUGUCUCUGUGUGGUAGAGAGAGAAACUUCCUGCGCUGCGACGACCGACCGGUGGUUUUCACCCACUUCCUGCAGGACGCAGCAGGAGACCAGGAGCUGCUGUCGUAUUGUGGCGGUGCUGAGAAGCUCUUCGUUCCUUUCCAGCCAGAGGCUCUGUACAUGCAUCCUGUCAGCGGUCGGGUUUAUCAUCCCGGCCCUGAGCGCUUGGGCAGGGUCGGAUUGGUCCGCUCAGCCAUGGCCAUAGAACUCAGCUCCAGCUUUGUUUAUCCACCAGAAAGCAGCCAAUCAGGACAGCCCACACACGUUCUGUGGAAAGGACAGAUGCACAGACUGACCAAUGANUAG